AUAAUCAUUUUACUGCAGCUAACACUUGAGUCUAACACAGCGAAGAUUAUAUACAUCUAAAUUAACAGCAAUUUCGAUUAAAUUCACGUGCUUCGUUUAUCAAAAUAAGUUUUAUGCGCUGUUAAUUUUGUUCUAACGAAAAACUGAUGUACUUGUCCGAAAUUCUUUAGUUUAUCUGCUUAAAAGUAAAUUUCAUGGAGCAAAAGAAUAAUCGUUUUUAUCGCAAAAAUGGCGGUCUUACUAAACUCGGAGAAGUGACUUUGAUAGACAGACUAUCUUCAGAAUUAAAUUUUGAAAGAACAGAACUAUGUCGUUUGAUCAAAAUCUACAAAAAAUAUGUGAAAAAUGGUCCGCAUAUGGAUAUGCCUACAUUUUCAGAGGUGCUUCAUACUUUGUUUGGUUUCACAGAAGAAUUUUUUAUGAACAGAAUUUUUAGUACGGCUGAUAAUGACAAAGAUCGCCGGAUUCAGAUGGAGGAAUUCAUUCGCCUCAUUGCUGUCAUGUUACGAGGUUCAAUGGAAGAGAAAAUAAAAUUGUGCUUCGCAUGUUACGACAUCUCAGAAAAUUUAGAAUUAACUCGAGAUAAUAUUGCCACCUUGUUGUUGGAAUCGUUGUCCGAGCCACCUUCCAAGGAUAUAAGUGAGGACAUGGUUCGGGACCUGGCAGACAUGAUCUUAAGUAAAAUGGAUCUAGAUGGAGACGGUGUAAUAUCUUACGAAGAGUUUAAACAGGCAUGUUUAAAUGAUUGGGUUCUCAUGGAAGCAUUUGGCAAAUGCCUGCCAGACUACAAGAUAGUGGCAGUCUUCCCAAAAAGGUUGGUCACCCCUGGUCUAAGUGCUUUCGUGGAUUUGAGGCAAUUCCUCUUAGAAAGUCCUCCACAAAGGCAAUCCUUCUCUCAGACAGAUAGCUCUCGUGAGCAUAAACAAAAUAAACCAACCUAAACCUGAAACCGAAAGGCAGCAUUGCAUGUGGGAGAUGCUACAUCUUGUCGAACAUCUAUCAUAUAUUACUCUCUAUCUUAGCGAAAUUAAUAUAUAUAUAUAUAUAUUAAUUCAACAACCAGCCAAGCAGUUUAAAUACGUCAUGCGGAUACUUAAGAACUCUAUAUUUUUUAAAUUAAAAUUUUGUUCAAAAGCACGAAAAGAAUUUUUUUUUUUUUUUUUAUAUUUUCUUUCGAGCUAUUAGCUGAGAAAUGAAAUUAGCUCAUUCAUAGUAAAUUUUCAUAGCUUCUGCAUUAUUUUUAAGCUAAUAUUUGUUUUUCUUUGCUGGAUUUUGGGCACUAUAUUCCUUUAUAAAACGUUCCUUAAUCUGCAAGCUGUGCCAUUUUGUCGCUUUUCACACGAUUUGCGCUUAGAAUCUGCAAAGUAAUCAGGUAGCCUUUCAAAACGGACGCUGCACUGUAGAUAAUUCUCCAAGAUAGCUUUUCAAAUGUUGAAUUUUUACUGACUAAAUUCACGGCCAGCAAAAUGAGCUUUCUUUAGAAUGAAAGAUAAAAAAAAUAUCAAAGUUAAUGAAAGAUAAUUAACGUAAAAUGGAAUUAAAAUACAGAUUUUGUACCAGGUG